AUGGAGAGUGAUGAAGACACUAAUAUUCAAAUUGAAGUGCCAACUGGGCAAACACGAGGACGAAUGGGAAGAAGGUUUACCCUAAAUCCUCUGAUAUUUGCGAAGGAAGAGAAAGAAGCGAGGAGACAGUCAUUAGCACAAUUAAAGCUCAGCUACUAUCCCAAACACAUGAAUCCUGAAUCAUACGAUGCGGGUUUGGGAUUUUGUGGAUGGAUGUUUAUGUUCAUUUCUUGGCUAUGUGUUUUAGCAUCGUUUCCGAUCUCAAUCUGCUUUUGCAUUAAGGUUGUGCAAGAAUACGAGCGAGCGGUCAUAUUUCGCCUUGGCAGAUUAAUCGGAGGAGGUGCAAAGGGUCCAGAGUCAUAUACAAAGGUGGAUCUACGUACCGUGUCUUUCAAUGUGCCUCCACAAGAGAUUCUUACAAAGGAUUCUGUAACCACAUCAGUAGAUGCUGUUGUUUACUAUCGUGUUUCAAAUGCAACCAUUAGCGUGGCAAACGUUGAAAAUGCGCACCAUUCCACUAGAAAAGACGUACGACUGCCGGUGCAGUUACAGAGGGCGAUGGCUGCAGAAGCUGAAGCCACCAGGGAAGCACGGGCAAAGGUUAUUGCCGCUGAAGGUGAGCAGAAAGCUUCGCGAUCUCUUCGUGAUGCAGCAACUGUCAUCGCUUCUACACCAGCCGCCUUACAACUUCGUUAUCUUCAAACAUUGAAUAGUGUGGCGUAA